AUGACAGCUCGCAGAAAGAAUGAGUUCCCAGAGCAAAAGGAGAAAAGGUUAGCUAAAAAUAGAUCUUAUAAAAAAUUGCAAACUGACAAUAAAAGACAAAUUAGACUUCAAUGGGAUAGUGAGUCCAAAAAACGCAAGCAGUCACUAGAAACUGGCAGUGAAAGAGAAAUUAGACUUCAGAAAGAAAGGGAGUCCAAAAAAAGAAAGCGUUCAGAGGAAAGUGACAGUCAGAGAGAGUUGCGACUUGAGAAAAACAAACUUUGUCAAAAGCAAAAACGUUCACAGCCUCAAUGUGAAAUGAACCAACAGGAUUAUUUAAAUAUGUUUGAUAGCACUCAAAAUGGUGGUAUUGAAGAACAAUAUUGGACAAAAGCUAACAUUAACAAAUUUCACAAGUCUGUGGACUAUGUUGUAAGUCAAUGUACAGUAUGUAAGGAGGCACGGCCUUUGAAAUCUAAACCUAGGUCACAUUAUGUGUGUUCACGAUGCUUUACAGAUAAAAAAUCUCUUUGUGAAAAUUCUAUGAUACCUUCACAUGUUCCAAAUGAAUUAAAAGAUUUAACUCAAGUUGAGGAAAUGUUAAUUGCUCGUGCUUUGCCUAUCAUGCGAGUUUAUAUUAAACCAGGUGGUCAACGAGGUUAUUCAGGGCAUUGUAUUAACUUGCCACAAAAUGUUACAGAACUUGCAACAUCUUUGCCAAGAUACCCCAAAGACUUGGCUGUGAUUAUUGUAAAGGUAAAAGGUAGAGAAAACACAUUCAAAGAUGUGAGAGUGCGAAAGCAAAAAGUGCAUGAUGCUUUAAUUUGGCUUAUCAAUAAUAACCCAUAUUAUACUAAGUUAUUAAUUAAUCAAGAUGCAUUAAACUUAUUACCUGAGAAUGGUGUACCACCAGAUCUUAUGACUGUGGAGACUGAUGAUGAUAUAGUCUCGGAUAAAGAUUGUUCUCCUGAUGUAGGUCCUUCUACUGACAAUCCCUCAGAGGACAUAGUGUAUAAUGACUCCACUGAAAUGAGUAGUUUUCUACCUGUUGGUGAACAACAACAACAGGAAGUUGAAGCUGUUAUAAAUCAGCUUACCGAAAAUGAUCCAAUGCAGUGGCCUUCAGUUGAAAAUGAGCCUUUAAACGAGUAUCAGGUAUCACAUCUGGCCACAAUGGCUUUUCCAACAUUUUUUUCUGAUGGAAAAGGUGACCCCACCAAUCAAGAACUCAUGAGGGAUGUUCCUCUUCAAGAACGAAUAAAGCAUCUUUUAAAAUUUGCCGAAAUUAUUGAUGGCAAAUGGGUAUAUCGUUUUGCCAGCCAUCCUAGAUUUUCUUAUUGGGAUUUUAACAUGAUUCAAAGAAAGCGAAUAUUACAGCAAAGUGGAAUAUUCCUGAAACAAAAUCCCGGUGAAGCACAUCUCACCAUUGAUGAACUGCGAGACAUGGCUGCCAGUAACAAUGCUAAUGUAUUUAUGUCUAAAGUAUCUAGAUAUGUCGGCAAUAUUGCUGGCACUAAUGCUUACUGGAAUAGAGUAAGAGAGGAACUCAAGGCAAUUGUAACUAGUAUUGGAGCAGCAACAUUAUUUUUCACAUUUUCUUCUGCAGAUAUGCACUGGCCUGAAUUACAUGCUUUAUUCAAAGCUGCUGCUGAUAGUGAGAUUGGUAAUUCUACCAGUGAGGUGAUGUAGAAGUUGCCAUCAAUCACGAUCUUUCAAACGUUAAUCAGUGGCUCUGUGCAAAUAAACUAUCUUUAAAUCUCGUUAAAACUGAGUACAUACUAAUUGGAUCACGGCAUAAUAUUAAUAAUAUAUUGGCUAUCCCAAAGGUAUUUGUUGGUGACAUACCAACUAAAAGGGUAAGAGAAACAAAGGCACUUGGAGUCCAUAUUGAGGAAUUUCUAUCAUGGGAAAAGCAUAUUGAUAAAAUUUCCAAAAAAGUCUCAUCCGGAAUUGGGGCAAUCAGAAAGUUAAAAUCAUGUGUAGACCGUCGUAAUACAUUAAUUUGUGCCUAUAAUGCACUUGUUUUGCCUCACCUUGAUUAUUGUUGCGAAGUUUGGGACACCAUUGGUGCCACACUUUCUGAUCGCUCCAGAAAUUACAAAAUAAGGCUGCUAGAGCUAUCGUGGGUCGUAAAAUGAACAUGGUCAAUCUGAACUUGCUCUAAAUGAAUUAAACUGGAAGCCUCUGAGCAAACGCAGAACCCAGUUUGUGGCAAGUCUUAUGUAUAAAAUUACUCAUGAUCUAGCGCCCUUACGACUUACUGAUAUUUUUCAAAAGACGUCUUCCUCCUAGCAUUAUAAUUUGCGGGACUCUUCCACUAAACUCCAUUUGCCGAAGCCUAAGACUAAAUAUCUUAAAAAAAGUCUUAGCUAUAGAGGGGCUAAACUGUGGAAUAGUCUCCCAAAUGAAUUAAGAGGAAAAGAAUCACUAGCUAUAUUCAAUAAAAACGUAUGACACCUGGCUACUAAUUAGAGUUUUCAAACCCAUAUUUACCUUGACUAUUUAAUCUAUUAAUAUUUACUAUUAUGUAUGUAUGUAUGUACUGUAUGUACUAUUAUCUAUUUAAUUAUGUAUGUAAUUGUAAUAACUGAAUGUAAGUAACUGUAUUUGUAUGUUUAAUUUUUCUAAAUUUUUAAUGUAAAUUUGAAUUUAAUGCUACGCCCCCCUUGGAAAUCAGCUUUUCCUGUAGGGGUUAGCGUAGUAAAAUAAAGUUUUGCCUACCUACCUACCUACCUACGGCAAAAUGUUAUUAACAAUCCCCAUGUCGUAGAUUGGUUUUUCAUCCAAAGAUUAGAAAGCUUUGUAAAACACUGGCUUUAUGAUACACUUGGUGCGAAAUAGCACUGGUUUAGAAAUGAAUACCAAGGUAGAGGUAGUAUCCACUGUCAUGGUACUGCUAAACUAAAUAAUGACCCAGGUUUGUGUCAACUUACCCAGACUGCUUUGAAAGGUUUCUUAGCUCAAAAAUUUAAAGAUGGAAAUGAUUGUUCUGACACAACUGAACUAGACCAGGAUAUUGAAGCUGGUCAGAAAGCAGCUGACACAGUAUGUCAGUAUGUUGAUUGGUUAUUAUCAACUGUCAAUCCCAAUCCACCAGAUGAGGACAUGUGGUAAGACCUGAGGUUCAUCCAUGUCAAAGAAGUCAUGAUGACAUUCCUGAACAUGAAAAACAAUCAGAUUAUGUAGAUUUAUUAAACAUGGUUCAACGACACACUCGUUGUAGUACAAGUUAUUGUCUUAGAAAGAAGUCAAACGAAACAGACUUGAAAUGUAGAUUUCAUUUCCCUUUUGAUAUUUGUCCUAAGACAAAAUUAGAAUUUGAAAAAAUUCAUACUUCAGGUGAUAAUGAACAUUAUCGAGCUAAGAUUGUGACUAAACGAAAUGAUUCAUGGUUAAGAGCGAAAAAUAGAUUUCGUUCAUAUUUUGCUCAAAUUAAG